CUGAUGAAAAACUGAUUGUUCUAAUAAAAUAAUACUGUGCAUUUCAGCUUCCAUGCAACUGCUUUUUGUUCAUCCAUGUGUCCCAUUAUUUCUCUUUGCCACAGAGCAUCUUGUGACUCUCAAAUCACAUUCAUGGAAAAUAAUACAGAGAGAGCUGAUUUCAUCCUGCUCGGAUUCACAGAUGACCCACAGCUGCAGGUCCCUCUCUUCAUAUCCUUCACCUUCGUUUACCUCCUCUCUCUGAUUGGGAACCUGGGGAUGACCACGUUGAUCCUGCUCGACUCUCGUCUCCACAUCCCUAUGUACUUUUUCCUCAGUAACCUGUCUCUGGUGGACUUUUGUUACUCCUCUACCAUCACCCCAAAGGUGAUGGCUGGGCUCCUUAUAGGAGACAAGACCAUGUCCUACCAUGCAUGUGCUGCUCAGAUGUUCUUUUUUGUAGCCUUUGCCACUGUGGAAAAUUACCUGUUGGCCUCAAUGGCUUAUGACCGCUACACAGCAGUGUGCAAACCCCUACAUUAUACCACCACCAUGACCACAAGUGUGUGUGCACAUCUGGCCAUAGGCUCUUAUAUCUUUGGUAUUCUGACUGCUGCUAUCAAUGUUGGGGACACAUUCUUUCUCUCUUUUUGUACGUCCAAUGUCAUCCAUCACUUUUUCUGUGAUAUUCCAGCAGUCAUGUCCCUGACUUGUUCAGAUAAAGACAUUAAUGAGCUGAUUCUUUUUCUUAUUUCAAGCUUUAAUAUCUUUUUUGCACUUCUUGUUAUUCUGAUUUCCUACUUGCUCAUAUUUAUCACCAUUUUGAAGUUGCAGUCAGGUGAAGGAUACCAGAAGGCUUUAUCCACCUGUGCUUCCCACCUUGUUGCAGUCUCCAUAUUUUACGGGACCGUAAUCUUCAUGUACUUACAGCCCAGCUCCAGCCACUCCAUGGACACAGACAAAAUUGCAUCUGUGUUCUAUACAAUACUCAUCCCCAUGCUGAACCCUGUAGUCUACAGCCUAAGGAACAGAGAAGUCAAGAAUGCAUUCAAGAAGGUUAUUGAGAAGGCAAAGUGUUCUCUAGGUUUAACCUUUUAA